AUGAACGGGAGGAAAAUUGAAUGGCAGAACCAUGCUUCAAUCAAAGCAGGUGGACUUAGCGACAAGGAACAUUUGACCAAGACACUUCAGUCACCCGCAAUCGAGGUCGCCCUGACGAAAGUCGUCGAAGGUGGCGUGCAAGGCUACUAUUCCCAGUUUCAGAAGAUUGUUGUCCCCAUCCUGGACAACGACCCUGGUUGCGAUGGACAUUUUAUCAGCCCUCUGCUGGAAAACCCCCAGAACCAGCUUCUUUUGAUCAACUGGAAGUCCGUGGAUGCUCAUCAUGAAGAUUUUGAGAAAAAGCUAACGUUCAAGGCAUGUAUUGAUGGGCUCAAGGACUACUAUGCCGAGUUUGUUAUCCCCUGGCAUAUCGUGGGACUUCAGUUGAUUCAAGGUGGACCUUAA